UUAUCACAGCUAGAAAUCAGCAAAAAAAAAAGAAAAAAACCCUACAAAAUGCCCGACGACACAUCAACAUCGGCAAUCCCACCCACGACAACAACAUCCGGAGGAUCGAUUACGACAAAAGCUGUGGAAACAACAAUCAAAACAGAAGACUCAACGCCCUCCCCAACAAACCCCACUCCGCCAGACAAACCGAAGACCGCAGAGGAGAGAGUUGCCAAAUUUUUCACUAAAACCGUUGUUACGCUACUGAUACUCGGCUAUCUCACGGGAGUGGGCAUGGCAAUGGUGUGGCAAUUAUACGAAACGGGCCGCUUUCGACUACCAAGCGGUCUUUGGUUGAAGUUGAAUAUAAUCGUUUUAGUAUUUCUCUUUCUCUGCUACAGUCGCAAUGUGCGCUGCAUCGUAACCUUGUGCAUACCCAUAAUGUGCAGCUCGAAAGGACGUUCUCUGCUGAUUACAUUCGCUUUCAUUUUGGUCGCAACGGGUCCGACGUGGAAUAUUUUACGUAAUGUAGACGUUCUCACAAGCAGUCUCUCUUGUGGCCAGACGCAACUCAAGCACGCGCUCGAGGAAAUGUUGGAGGUGAUGAAGGAGCCGCUGGUCGCCAUCAAGAGAGCCGUGCAGACGGCUAUGAGUAAUAUAAAAAAAGUUAUGAAGCAAGUUGAAUUGCUGUUGUAUCGCAUUAAAGAGCUGGUGUUGGUGGUUUUGAGCGGCAUAAAGGUUAUGAUGGAAUGGCUCAAUAGCAUUGUGAAGUUUUGCAAUAAAGAAUAUGGCACACCCUUCGAUCGCUGUAUGAAAAUUGCCGAUGAUGCAAUGAAGGAUUGCAGAGAAAAGUUAGGCUACUUCCAGGGUCUCUGCCACGCCACUCACCUAUUCUCAAUGCUCUGUUACACCGUUAAAGUGAUAGACUUAGUUUGUGUGAUGGUGGUGUUCUUCGACGACAGCGUGUUGGGCACCAUUAUGGAGAAAUUAAAGGAAUUCACAGAGGGGAUAAAAAAUAUGUUUGAUGCAUCCGUCACAUUCGAUCAUGACUUUACCUUCUCAACAGUGGCGUCGAAGAAUCUCACAGAUGUCGGACGUGAUAUAAUGGAUGAGAUACAUUUGCGUAUGAGGGGCUUCUUUCUCAUAUUCGGUUGGCUAGAUGUGGUUGGUGGUUUUCUGUGCAUUUGGGUGAUAAUCAAAGCUCUCUACUUCAAAAUGAAAUAUUUACGCCAACCAGGCUAUGAUAAUCGUUAUCUGACUAAGGACUUUUUGGAGAUCGAUGAGCAGAGGAAACUGACGGAAGAAGAACGUGCAUUGCCCUUGAAGAAAAUGGAAAAGCGAAAAUAUAUCUGGAUCACAAGUUGUCGUCUGACGCGACGCGAGGUCUUCAGAUUGAUGCGUUCCAUGUUGUUUUUGUUCAUAACCACCGUACAGAUUUUCUGUAUCUGCUUUGCAGAUUACUCUUUCUACUGGGUUCUGGCGAUGAUCACCUAUUAUGGCAGUCAGACGGCGAAUAUUGAAGUUGAUCCCUACAUUGCGGUGGAUGUGGAAGGUGAUGGUUAUGUUUCGGAUAUGUUACGCGGCAUCGUUGAUGCUUUUGAACCGUUCAGUCAAAAGUAUAGCAUCGAUGCUACGCCCUGCCUGCCCAGACCUCGACGUCCUAAUUUCCGGCGUUAUCUGGAAAUUGGCGGCUGUUGCUUGUUAGCUUGGAUAUUUUUGUUUUGUGAGCCAUACGGUUUGCGUCUGCGUCACAUUGUCAUGCGUCUAUAUUAUCCGGCUGAGGCGCGUCAACGCGCUGCUUGGCUUUACAAUGAGAUACUAAUGAAGCGCAUGACGUUUCUCAAGCUAUUGCGUCGUAAGGCGCGUGCCAAAUUUAAACACGAUCCCAGAGCAGAUCCGUAUACGUUUUUGGAUUGGCUGCGUGCGAAGACUGCGGGUUGCUUUCUUUGUCGCUUCAUACUAGGACAUCGCAAAGGUGAUACUUGUCUGCUGUGCGGAUUUCCUCUGAAAGGGGAUAGAGUGGAAUGCUCAACGCCCGGCUGCAAAGCGGUCUACUGUCAAAGCUGCUUUGAUGAGUCCAAUAAAAUAUGUUGCAUUUGCAAGAAGCCCGUGGAAUACGGCGAUGAAAGCGAUAUCUCGGAAGAAAUAGAUUCCUCAGAUGAUCCGAACGCUGUACGUGAGCCGCACGAAAGCGAUAUAUAUUGCAUGGUACCCUAAUUGGUGCGCACGGCGGACAACGAAAGAGAGCGACGCGUAGAAGAGUAGAACGCAAUUUUCACGUAUUGAAGUUUUAAAUAAAUUCCAUUUAUAUUCGCUGAAAA